GGUGCCGAGCCACCCUACAGCCCCCCUACCCCACAGACAGACAAACUCCCACCCCCGCCUGAGCCGAGCCGUGGGCGCACAUCGAGAAACAAGUGCAUCCGACGACGAGGCAGCAACAGUAUAGCAUCGUAAUUAAUCAACUACGUUAACAGAGUCGCAUUUGCCUAUUCAUGCAGCACAGCAGCAGCAUCGGAAUCAGCAGCAUCAACAUCCAGUGCGAGAACCAGUGAUUGGGCGUGCCAAUCAAUUUACGGUUAUUUCUAAAAGUUUGCCGGACCAACUAGUGGUAAAGGGCAGUGGCAGAGCGUAAAAAAACGCCCAUAAACAACAGUCUAAAACCACCAAGAGGAGCGGAAGCAGAAAACGCUUCGCGAAAAUAUUUAAAUAUAUGCAAACGUCCUUGGGCCGACGACGUCAGCAGAGCAGGAACAGCAGCAGGAGUCGUAGCAGGACCAGGGACAACAGGCGGAGGGCCAAUAACGAGCCAACAGUAAGUUUCAGCAAACGUUGCGCUCAAAAUAUGGCUGCCGCAGCUCCCACUUCUCCUGCCGCAGGAGCACCAUCAGGAGCAGGAGCAGCAGCAGCAGCAGCAGGAACCUCGGAAGGUCUCUCGCUUGGUGUAGGCAACGGCAUCGAGAUGCUCAAGGCCCUGUAUGACUUUCAGGCGGUCUAUCCCAAGACCAUUAGCUUCGAUGAGGGCGAGUACUUCAUUCUAUACCAGACCUCAGCCCGCCAGCGCAAUUGGUGGCAGGUGGUCAGCAUGAAGGGCAACAUUGGCUUUGUCCCAUCAAAUUACGUAAUGAAGAUUAAGGUGGAGCAUGACUUCCUCAUCAGCUUUCUGAAUUCGUCGAUUGAGUCGCUGGAGAAGUGCACAGACCAGGAGAUCAAUGGCAUCAUGUCCAAGGAGGAACUGCUGGACCGGCUGCGCGAGAAGAAGAACACGAUGGAGCGUCUCUAUGCGGAGAGCUCAGAGCGGGACGGCGACUCCUCGCUUUCGUACUCCCAGAGCUACAGCGAUAAGGCCAGCAGCCAUCGACAUUCGCAUCCCCACCAGCAGCCCCAGACACAGUCCCAGUCGCAGGCACACUCGCACUCGCACUCCCACGCCCAGCACAGGCAUCACAGUCCGCCGCCCGCAGCACAGCGGCUGGACAUGAGCCGGAAGAGCAUGUCGAGUCCGGCGGUCGGCUGCAGCCAGCCCCAGGGCCAGCUAAUGGCUGAGUCGCCCAGCAUGGGCAGCAUGCAGAUGCCGAGCAGCAGCUGCACCAUUCAGACACCGCAACAGCAACAACCGCUGCCAGCACCACCGCUAGUAGCCAGCACAGCCGCAACCACAGCUGCAGCCACAGCCACAGCCACAGCCACAUCGACAAAGGCAACGACUGUGGCAGCAGCCGUGCCAACUGUGGCAGCUGUAGCUGCCUUGGCGGAUGUGGCACAGGACAAUAGCAUCACCUCAGAGCCCUCAGAGACGACAACGACGACGACCACCACCAGCGAGGACGUGGUGACCACGUACAAGGAGACAAGUCAACUGAGCACAAGCCAGCAUCACAAGCCACCCAACGGCAGUGGCAGCACGGCCUCCGCAUCCGCCUCCACCUCUGCUUCUGGCAUGAAGCGGAGCAGCAGCGCCGGCAACGGCAGCAUGGGCAGUGCAAGAAAUCACCAUGCGGAUGGGGAUGGAGAUGCAGAUGCGGACGCGUUUGCGGCUGGUGACGAGCCGGAUAGUACGCAGGAGAAGUCGGACGAUGCCAGUGCCGUGCCCAGCGAUGAUGUGGGCAAUGCAAUCGCCGAUAGUGCGGAUAAUAGCCAGGCCCUGGACAGCAUCGACAGUCCCUCGGCCUCGCCCUCGCGCCAUCGGCACACAAACAUUGAUGGUGGCGCGGAGGCGGCUGCUUUGCGUGUCGGCGAUAGAGCGAGCUACAUUCGUGGCCAGCUGAAGGUGGAGUCAUCGGAUGUGUAUCAGAUUGUGGAUGCACUGCGACGGAAUACGAACCUUAGCUUUGACCUGUCGUGCGAGGCGCUGCGUGUGGUGUUGACCAGCCUGGAGCAGCUGUACAACGGUUCCAUCAAUCCGUACCUGGAGGCCGUCGCCGUCCAUGUCACCGGCAAGGUGGCCACGCCUAAAGAGCUGCUGGGCAUCACGCACGACUCAAAGCGACUGCAGUAUCUGUUUGGCCAGCUGGCGGACUGCAAAAACGACACGGAACAGCGCACCUGGAUGCUGUACGAGGACGAGGAGGAUAUCAUUCAGUUCCUCGAGGAAUUGGUCGAGAUACUGAACAAUGCGGACGAGAACAUUAGCUGCUAUGAAAUGUCCUGCGAUCAGUACCAAAUGUUCAUCAAUCUGGUGCAGUACUAUCAAAUGGAGACACGCUGGUCCAUUAAGCGCCUUCUGCUACGGACAUUCACCGCUGCCUGUCAUCUGGAUCACAUUAUUGUGGACAUAUUGCUGACAUCGGUGCUGCCGCUUGAGAUUGUGGAAGACAUGAAGACUCACUUUUCCAACCUGGAACGCUUUAAGCAGCUGGUCAAGAUGCUCACAAUUGUCUUCUCGCUGGGACAACCAAUGCCCGUGAAUCACCAGGACUAUUUGGGCGUGCAUUUUGCCAGCUUUCUGCUGGAGAUCGUCGAGGGCAAUAACCCAGAGCAGCUGGUGGACAUGGUCAUUGCCCUGAUACUGUCCUUUAAUCAGCAAUUCAGCGAGAACACCUACAACGUGAUCAUCGAGGCGAUGCAGAGUCUGCCCACGGCCAAAGUCUUUACCGAGAAGCUGCUGCUGUUGCUUAAUCGGGAGGAUGAUCCCACACGUCUGCUCAAGCAUCCCAAUGAGCAUAUGAACACGGUGCUGCGCAUGUUCAUUGACAUCUUCAGCCACCCGGAUACGGCUGGCAUGUUCUACUCGAACGAUAUUAAGGUGCUCAUCGAUAUUGUGGUGCGGCAGUUGUCCGAUCUGGAUGCAGGCAGUGCGACUCGUCCGUGCUACUUGGAGCUGUGCCGACGCAUUCUGCGCAACACAAACUAUCAGGAGCACGAGCAUCGCAAGCACGAUCUUAUGAAGAUCUUCACACGCAUCUUUUGCGAGGAGACCGAAUGCAGUGCCUCCGAUCAGCAGCUGGUGCGGGAGAUAGCCAACGAAUUUCCACAGCUAUUCAAGGCCUAAAGCCAAACUGAAACAACAACAAAAACUGAAACCAAAUUAAAGCGUUGCUAGUGAGGCGAGUCGAAACAAGACAGCGAGCCAACCAAACAAAAAAAAAAACCUUAAACAAUUAUCUAAAAUUCGAAUUAAUAUUUAUUCAAUGAACUUGAAUAGUUAUGCAUUUGAUCUUGGUCCUGAAUAGCCUUAACUUCACGAUGCAUUUUGAACAAUUCCGGAUUGAGUACGCAA